AGGGGGAGUUUUGCUCUGACUCUGAGGGGAGGUUUCAGCAUGCUGAGGCAAGCUUUACUGUCUCACUUUGCCUCACCUCAAUCCUUCUUUUUGUGAGGAAAUCUCACAGCAGUUCUGAUUGCUGCUGUUUUCGGCUUUUAGCAACUUUUUCAACCCCGAAAUGGAUUCUGAGCAGAUUGACUGAGAAUGCAGGAUUUAGUGGAUUCUCAUUCUACAACAACAAAGGUGGUUAAUGGUCACAAUGGAUAUCCUCAAGGUAUGAGGAAAGAAAUGCAGAAGAGAGUCUUUACCAGAUGGAUGAAUGUGUUCCUGCAGAGACGCGAUCCUCCGCUUAAAGUGUGCGACCUGUUUACUGACAUUCAGGAUGGCAGAAUGCUGAUGGCCCUGCUGGAGGAGCUGUCUGGCUGCAAGCUACUUUACAGGUUUAGAUCUUCAUCCCAUCGCAUUUUCAGACUGAACAACAUUUCCAAGGCUUUGGCCUUCCUGGAUGACAGACAUGUGAGGCUCCUUGAUAUUGAUGCCUCCGGUAUUGCUGACGGCAUCCCUUCUGUUGUUCUCAACCUCAUCUGGAACAUUAUCCUGCACUUCCAGGUAAAGGAGGCGACAGGAGGCCUGCAGAGACGUCUGUCCUCUAGCCUGUCCUCUUUAUCACUGAGCACUUACCCCUCCACUAGUGACCUCUCACCACAGACAGCCGACACUGACAGCUACUCCUGCAACACCCUGCCAAGGAAAGGUAAAAAGACUGCAAGGGAGCCAAAGUACCACAGCAAAGCCAUUAAGACUCUCCUGCACUGGGUCCAAAGAUGCACAUCAAAGUAUGGUGUAAUCGUGGAUGACUUUGGGGCGAGCUGGAGGAGCGGACUGGCCUUCCUCGCUUUGAUUAAGUCAAUGAACCCAGACCUGAUUGACCUAAGGGAGAGCUUGUCCAAAGAGCGAAAGGAAAACAUCCAGCAGGCUUUCAUGGUGGCUCAUCAGUGUUUGGAUGUACCCCUUCUACUUGAGCCUGAAGACGUGAUGUGCUCCAAACCCGAUGAGCAGUCCAUCAUAACGUAUGUGUCGAUGUUCCUGGGGCGUUUUUCAGUUAUAGAUGAGGUCAGUGCAUUACAGGAUCACAUGGUGCACUGUGAUUUCCCUGAGAUUCCCAGCUAUGGAUCUAUAGAACCAGUCGGCUUUGGAGGAACCCUUGCUGAUGACCCAGAGGCCCUUGCUCUACUCAGAACCUUUGAGAAGAGCAGUGAGCAGCAGCUGUGGAAACAAUGGUCCAAAGCCAUCCCCUGUAGCUCCAACAAGAGUGAAAUCUCCUUUUCCUCUAACCAAAGGGUGUUAGAGCCGCCCAGUCCAUUGGAAGCAGGUGUAGCUAACCAAGAGAUCCGAUCCUGGAUGGAUAAGGGUUUGGAUCGAGGCCAUGAUAGGAGAAGAGUUCACCGGAGUCUUGUUUCCCAGAGCUCUGAGGAAGGAAUCUACACCUUAUCAGCUCUGGAUUCAGAUGAGGAGGAGGCAUACAGCUACAUUCUGGAUCUAAAUAGAGAUGUCUUCCAACCAAAUAAUCCAUCAAAACGGCAAGUACCAAAAGUAGAGGAGGAAACAGCUGAGGAGAUGGAGGAAGAGUCAAAACAUCUGGAGGGACUCGGGAUGUUUAAUGGAGGCAGAUAUAAACAGCGGGAAGAACAUCUCUGUGAGGACACAGAUUUUAAUCCAGAAUCAGCAGAAAGAGCUCAGUCAGUGGCUCACAGGAAGUUUGAUUUGGACAAGAGCAGAAACAGCCUCAGAGAGAAAACAAACAAUGGAGCUGUGCUUGACUUGGAGCCAGAGGCUGAGACAGGAAGCAGAAAAGAGCCAAAGUUCAGGAGAGGAACAAACAGUGAUGCAUCUACUGAAGAGGAGAGCAAUGAAAAGACAGAGGGUGAUAGAAAAAACAGGGACGGGUUUGACAAAACACAAGAUGGUGGAGUGAAGGCAAGGGUUUUUGAAGCGGUUAAUGGGAAAUAUGCUGACGAAGAGGGAGCGGAGCUCUCUGAAAAACUGGGACAUAUGACUGAGAGAACAGCGGGGCGAGAUUUGGGAAGAUUAAAGGAAGGACGGGAUCUAAAGGAGCAGAGCGAAAUGGAGGAAGCAUGUGUUGAGGACAGUGAGACAAGCAUCGAGGAAUGUGUAAAAUCAGAAAAUUACAAGGAUAAAACAGAGGGGAAAACACUUACAGGUGAUGCUGGGUUUAAAAGCAGGAAUAGAAACAUAACUACAGUAAACAGCACAGGCUGUAAAGCUGCAGUGAAAAUGGAGGAAGCUCUUCAUCUGAUUCAAUCAUCUGAUUUCGGGCCUGUUCAAACUGAAGAUGCAAAAAAACGCAAACCUAUGAUCAGGAGACAUGAGGAUCUGAUAGCAGAUGACAAAACUUCCCCCAAAAGGUCCCAUGAUAACAUCCAUGAAGGAGAUAACGGUUGGACUGCGGCCUGCAGGGCAUCUUCUCGGUCAUUCAGGAACGAUAGAGGAUUGAGUCUCCGAUCUAUAGCAGCCAGCUGUAACAUAAAGCAAUUGGAGCUGGAAAUACUGCUGCUCCUGUGGAUCCUGCUCUACUGCUACCUCAUCCUGCCCCAGAUGUACAACCAGCCUGCAUGACUCCACAUCCUCACAUCAAAACAGGGAUAAUUACAGCAGUCACAACAGACAUCAAUAAGACUGGUCUGCUUUCCUUCAGGCCCACUAGGUUCAUUCAUUCAUGAGAACAACUAAGGAUUAAAUAUUCAGUUUCCUGUCGGCUAAUUUCACAUGGUCUUAACUCUGGCAACCAUGUCAAAUAAUCUCCUUUUUAAUAAUCUGCUUACCUAGCUUUGUUUUAAGAGGUUUUAAGCCGAUUACUGCGGCUAAAAUAUCCAAACUCCUGUUUAUGUGAGAUUUUCCUAAAAUAAUUGGUUAUUUCAGUUGUUGUUGCCUCAAUCCACCACAAGGUGG